GGUGCAGCGCCUGCCACUCGCUGCAGGAAAGCUGAGCACCUGCAGACAACGCCGCAUGCUGACGCUAUCAGCGCGCACAGCCCCCGCUGCGCUCCUGGUUAGCGAUCUGUCCCUGUCCAGCGACCUGCCAGGCUGCGCGAGAGGGUAUUCCAGUCCAGGGUCCAGAGUCCAGGAUCUCAGCAUAGUGGCAGACAGUGCCAACAGCAGCCACCCCAACCUGGGCUGGGAGCCCACGCGUCUUUGGAUCCGUCCGCGGUGGUGAAACUCAGGGAGCCAACUUAAGGCCCGUCUGUGGACUCGGUGCAGGGUCCCACCCAGCAGAUCGGUCUGCGGAGCUCCGGGAGUGGAAACCCGAGCCGCACCCCCAGGCACGCCGAGACGCCGCGUCGGGCCCUGCCCUGUUGCACCACGCCUUAAAAGGCACCAAGGCCAGGGUCUCACAGCAGUGGCUACAGUCAUGGAAGGCGCGCUUGAGGCCAACUGGAGCACCGAGGCGGUCAACGGGAGUGCGGCGCCGCUAGUGGCCCAGGGCAACCGCACCGACGGGGUGCAGCGCAACGAGGCCCUGGCACGAGUGGAGGUGGCGGUGCUGGGCCUCAUCCUCUUCCUAGCGCUGAGCGGCAAUGCUUGCGUGCUGCUAGCACUGCGCACCACGCGCCACAAACACUCGCGCCUCUUCUUCUUCAUGAAGCACCUGAGCAUCGCCGAUCUGGUGGUGGCAGUGUUCCAGGUACUGCCACAGCUGCUGUGGGACAUAACUUUCCGCUUCUACGGGCCGGACUUGCUGUGUCGCCUGGUAAAGUACCUACAGGUGGUGGGCAUGUUCGCUUCCACCUACCUGCUGCUGCUCAUGUCGCUUGACCGCUGUCUGGCCAUCUGCCAGCCUCUACGGACCCUGCACCGCCGCGCGGAUCGCCUGGCUGUGCUCAUCACGUGGCUGGGCUGCCUGGUGGCCAGUGCGCCGCAGGUGCACAUAUUCUCCAUGCGCGAAGUGACUGAUGGCGUCUUCGACUGCUGGGCCAGCUUCAUCCAGCCCUGGGGGCCCAAGGCCUACGUCACUUGGAUCACGCUCGCGGUCUACAUCGUGCCAGUCAUUGUGCUCACCACCUGCUACAGCCUCAUCUGCUUUAAGAUCUGGCAGAACAUUCGAAUCAAGACUGCGGCAGUGGGGGCGGCCAAGGGACCCGAGGGUGCAGUGGCAGGCAGCAGGGAACACGAGGCCCUGGCACGAGUCAGCAGUGUCAAACUCAUCUCCAGGGCCAAGAUCCGCACAGUCAAGAUGACCUUCAUCAUCGUGCUGGCCUUCAUCGUGUGCUGGACGCCAUAUUUCUUCGUUCAGAUGUGGAGCGUCUGGGACACCAAGCCACCGAAGGAAGCUUCGGCUUUCAUCAUCGCCAUGCUUCUGGCCAGCCUCAACAGCUGCUGCAACCCCUGGAUCUACAUGCUCUUCACAGGCCACCUCUUUCAUGAGCUGGCAGAGCGCUUCCUCUGCUGCUCCUCCAGCCACCUAAGGGGCUCCCGGCCGGGAGAGACAAGCAAAAAGAGCAACUCAUCCAGCUUUUUCCCAAGCCGGCACAGCUCCAGCCAGAGGAGCUGCACGCAGCUCUCCUCCAUGUGACCAGCUCUGGGCUGGACUGCCUCCCUUCGAUCAGGUUGCGUGACAUUGACAGUCUGCUCCUUGGUGGCCUUGUAUGUAUGUGUAAUAAGGCACCUUUCCAUUUGUACAGCUCCACACCUUGGAGCAGUUUGCAUGGGUGGGGGGUGCUCACACAGGGUGGGGAAGUGGUCUCCAUGGGGGAAGAUGGUAGGGUGACUCAGCCACCAGACUGUCCUUGGGUCUCCUGUGAGUUCCAGCAGAUACUUCUGCUCCCCUGAUUCCAAUGCUGCCCCUGGCUGCUGGAUGGGUUGUUUAUGUUUCCUGGACUUGUAAUUUCACUCCAGUAUCUUUUUUCUCCUUUAUUCUGUGAUUUUGUGAAAGGGUUAGGUAUAGGAUUGGUGACCAGUUAUGUUUGGAAGCUCAGUGUCCUGAGCUUGGAGUAAGAAGUGGGAAUGGGAUCUCAAACGGGAAGGUGGUACUUAUAUACUCCUGGCCCCUCAGAAUGUGUUUGCCUUUGAGUGGAUCUAUCCUAGCAUCAUUGGGUACCAGCUUGUCAGAGGAUGGUCCUAGGAGCAGAGAAUUCUCUUAUGAGAUGGUUUGGCCUAGGAAGUCGAUUAAAACUUGGAUUAAAAACGUUUAACAAGCUAAUAUCUAAGUAGCAAGUGGGAAAGAAAGAAAGAAAGA